AUGGUCUAUACAAUCAUCGUUCACCUUGUAGCUAAAGCAGAGCAUAUCGAAACACUCAAGGCAAAGCUUGUUGAGGCUUCUCAAGUCUACAGCAAGGACAAGGAAACUAUUUCAUGGUUCGUUCACCAAUCUGUGCAGAAUCCUGCCGAAUUUGCCAUUAUCGAGCGCUUUGAUCAAGAGUCUUCCCAAGAAGAACACCUCACCAAUCCCUACUGGAAGACGUUUGACCCUUACGUCAAGCCAUUGCUUACUAAACCCAUGGAUUUGCGUCGCUUCGAAGAGCUCGACACGAGCAAGACUGUGCAAGUUCCAGAAAAGACUUGGUCGGCUACGGACUACACAUUUUAA